AUGUACCGACCAGAAGGCUGUCCUUUCAAGCACGUAGAUCAUCAAUUGCUCGGUCAACGGUUAGAGAAAGAUGGAUUGAAUAGUGAAGAAAUAAACCAGAUAAUGAACUACUCCAAAGUGAAUGCAUUCGAUAAAGCAUGUACGCGCCACUUCGAAUACUUGCAUAAAAUGGAGGAGGUGCACUGGGACAGCUGA